AUGGCGAUUGGAACAAUGGAAGUGAAGCUGGUGGGUGCCAAAGGUCUCAAAAGAACUGGAUAUGGCUGUAUGUGUGUAUUUCUUACAGGUAAAAUCGAUCCAUAUGUUUUGCUUCAGUACAGAAAUCAAGAGUGCAAGAGCACCCCUGCAAAAGGAAAAGGCAAUAGCCCAGUAUGGGAUGAGAAGUUUGAGUUCAGGGUCGAUUCUCCAUUGGCAGAUGAUGAUCAACACAAACUCGUGCUCAAAAUCAUGGAUCACAACACCUUCCGUGCACAUGACUAUCUUGGCGAGGCAACGUAA